AUGACUAUCGAAUACUUGACCCUUCAGCCCUCUGGCGACAAGAUGCCCUUGAUUGGCUUUGGUUGUGCCAAGAUUGACAUUGACGCUACUCCCCAAGUUAUCUACAAUGCGAUCAAGGUUGGCUAUCGUUUGUUUGAUGGUGGUGCCAAUUACUACAAUGAAAAACAAGUGGGCGAAGGUAUCCGCAUGGCUAUCAAAGAUGGUCUUGUUACCCGGAAGGAGGUCUUUGUAAUCAGCAAAUUAUGGUGCACUUUCCAUGGCAACGUCCGUGAAGGUCUUCAAAAAAGCUUGGAUGAUCUUGGUCUUGAUUAUGUGGACAUGUAUCUCAUUCACUUCCCUACUGCACUCGAACACGUCCCCAUUGAAACAAAGUAUCCACCAGGUUGGACGCAACCUGGCAAGACGCAAGUAACUCGUGCUCGUGUGCCAAUGCAUGAGACUUGGGCACAAAUGGAAGCCAUGGUUGAAGAAGGCUUGGCACGCAACAUUGGUGUCUCCAACUUUAAUGCUCAAAUGCUCAUGGACAUGCUCGCCUAUUGCAAGAUCCCACCAUCCCUUCUUCAAGUCGAACUUCAUCCAUACUUACAACAAGAUACCUACGUCAAAUGGGUCCAAAAGCAAGGCAUUGCCGUUACCGCCUAUUCAUCAUUUGGCCCUGCAUCAUUUGCUGCUGGUGGUCAAAAGCAUGCAAAGUCGGUUGAGUCUCUCUUUGACAACCCUGUUAUCAAAGACAUUGCUGCCAAGUACAAGCGUGCCCCAGCUCAAGUUGCCUUGCGUUGGUCCCUCGAACGUAAUGUUGGCGUUGUUCCCAAGAGCACAAGCGUUGAACGUAUGAAGACAAACCUUGAUGCACUCAAUUGGAAAAUGGAUGAUGAGGACAUUCAAGCUAUUAAUCAACUCGACAUGGGCUUACGAUUCAAUGAUCCACUCAUCAAGGGCUGGGAUCUCCCCAUCUUCCUUUAA